UCGCGACCACAACCGAAAUUAGCUCCACGGGAUUCGCAAACUUCGGGUGUCGCUUCGGUGGUACGUUAUUAAAGUGAAUUCUUGUGUAUUGAUUAGGCACAGGAUCUUUAAGGAUGUAUAUACAAUUCUAAUGGAACCGUGGUUUGAGUGUUGGUUGAGUUGCGGUGGAACCGGAAAUAAAUGGUUUUGCUGAUACGAGCCCCGAAGAAUGAGAUUUCUAGUGAUUAAGUGAUCUUAUGAAAGUUGCUCGAAAUGAAGCGAGCUCACGAUAUGAAAUGACCAUUUGUAGAUACCCAAUCCAUUUGAUGUAGAUGUGAUCAAUGUGAUUAGUGUUCAAGCAAAUAGUGCAUAUUCGUGUUGGGUGGCAAUUGCUGUGGUGUAAAGUAGUAUAAUGAAUGUUUCACACGCCCUGUUGGAUAAUCAGUUUCUGUUGGGUACCAAUCCUAGUGCUGGUGUGGUAAAUCCUUUCAAACGGCGGGCAAUGGCCCAAGCAGCGGUUGCUCCUUUGGCGAGUGGAUCAAUGGGAACUGGGGAAACAUUUCAGCGCACAUUGACCGCCCUGAUGGGAAAUGGUAGCAGCAUCAUCGGGCUGGAAGUAACCAACAGCACGGAACCGGGCAUUGCUCCUCCAGGCCAUACCGACUCCACCGUGGCGGUUAUAAUCGUAUACUGCGUGCUGUUCAUCAUAGCGGCCGGCGGCAAUCUGUCGGUGGUAAUAACAUUGUUUCGGUCCCGACGGCACCGGCGGUCUCGGGUCAGUCUUAUGAUUUGCCACCUGGCCGUAGCCGACCUGAUGGUCGCGUUCAUCAUGAUACCGCUCGAGGUCGGUUGGCGAAUCACGGUUCAGUGGCAUGCCGGCAACGUAGCCUGCAAGGUGUUUUUGUUUAUGCGGGCCUUCUGUCUCUACCUGAGCUCGAAUGUCCUGGUGUGUGUCUCGCUGGACCGCUGCUUUGCUGUGAUAUAUCCGCUGCGGGUUUCUGCCGCCCGGAAGCGUGGCAAGAUAAUGCUGGGCGGAGCUUGGAUUAUUGCCUUCGUGAACGCCAUUCCGCAGAGCAUAAUCUUCCGAGUUCAGCAGCACCCGCAGGUGCCAGGCUUCACGCAGUGCGUAACGUUCGGAUUCUUUCACACCCCUGGCAUGGAAACGGCCUACAACCUGUUCUGCGUGAUAGCGAUGUACUUCAUGCCGCUGAUGAUUAUCAGCGCCGCCUACACGGUUAUUCUUUGCGAGAUUUCGAAUCGUUCACGGGAAAAAGAAACAAGUGAUACCAGUCAUCAGCCGGGGAUGCGACUGCGCUGCAACGAUCUGACCCAUAUCGAACGUGCCCGGCAGAGGACACUCCGGCUCACCAUCACCAUCGUGGUCGUAUUCGUCUGGUGCUGGACGCCGUACGUCGUUAUGACACUAUGGUACAUGUUCGACCGUGAGAGUGCCCUCAAGGUGGACGGUGCCAUCCAGGAUGGUUUGUUUCUGAUGGCCGUGUCGAACUCGUGCAUGAAUCCACUGGUCUACGGUUCCUAUGCGAUGAAAUGUCGGUGGCCAUGCCAGAGGCGGAACACACCGAACGGACUGCAGACACCGAAUGCUGCCCAGCGAAGAUCCACAGAUGCCGUAUCCGGUAUUGCGGGACCUCAUUCGGACCGGCUGACUGGACGAGACAACAAGGACGAGUUAAUGUACGAGCGAGAACGAAGCAUCAAACUGAAUCAGCUCAGUCUCAAUGGCGGAAUGUUGAUUGGACAGUCCGGCGGCCCACAGACGACAGCGACCACACACUUCGUUGGAUACUGCACGACAGCUCCCGCUCGGAACGAGAUGAUCCGCAGUACCAACAUGGGCACGUUGGCGGUAACCGUAUCCGGCAGUCGAGGGAAGAGUUACCAACCGAGCUACAGCGACGUUGCAGCGUUGGCAGAUGAACGGUCGCUGAUUUUGUCGCGACCAUCAUUCUACUCGGAUCCUACACCGAACGAGCUGGACUUUUCGGUGGACUGCAAUCUAACCCGCAGCCUGGACACCGGUGGCUGGCGAUGAUAGAUAUAGAAAUAAAUCCACAAACUGUCAGUGCGCUCGCUUGGCUAUCGGUUGUCGUCCCCGUCAUGGUGGCAGAGCAGCGCUUCCGUCGUUAUUAUUGUCAACGCCAGAAGGCGGGUUGUGAAGUAGUUAAUUAAACAUGUGGUGAUUGGAUCGAAACUUUCUGGUGCGUAAAACUUUUGUAAACAAUUGUGUCACAAUCGUACAAAUAAGUGCUGGUCGAAAUUAGUGCUCAGUUUGCCAAAAGAGUGGGUUGACGGGGAAAGGUACGGACAGGAUUAUAAGCCUGUCUCCAAUUCAAAUAUUUAGCAGCAUAGGUUUUCCAACAGAUGCUAGCAAGAGUGACUCUCUAUUUUUGUAUAAGAUAAGCAAAAAAGAUAUAAUUAAAUCUCGGAAUUUGUACUGUGUUUGA